UACAGUCUGAGUCUUUAUCAGGCUGUGCAACUAAACUUGGGCUUUGGGUUUGACGCUUUACUGCUAUCAUUAUGAGUCGUAGCACUAAGACUACGAUUACCUCUUCUUCAGUGGUUGGAAGUGGAGGACGUAGCUCCAGUGGAGGUGGUGGUGGGCAUUCUUCAAGCUCCUCUAGAAGGAUAACCAGUGGUGGAAGCUUUUCUGGUAGAAGUUAUGGUGGAGGAGGUUCCAGAUGUGGUUACGGAGGGGGAAUAAGCAUUGGUGGUUAUGGAGGAGGAAUAAGCAGUGGCAGUUGUGGAGGGGGAAUAGGUGGUGGUAGUUAUGGAGGGGGAAUAAGCAGUGGUAAUUAUGGAGGGGGCUUUGGAUCAAGUUGUGGUGGCUUCGGGGGAUUUGAUGGCGGUUAUGGAGGUGGCAGCUUUGGUGGAGGUGUUGGCUUUGGUGGAGUUGGCUUUGGUGGCGAUGAUACUGGCAUCCUCUCCAACAACGAAAAGAUAACCAUGCAGACUCUUAAUAACCGCCUGGCUUCUUACCUGAAUAACGUGCGAGCUUUGGAAGAACAAAAUGCUAAUCUUGAGAAUUUAAUCAAAGAAUGGUAUCAGAAGCAAGGUCCAACUGCUAUAUUAAAGGACUACAGUCACUAUUAUGGAGAAAUUGAAGAACUUAACAAUCGGAUUGUUAAUUCAUCUGUGGAUCUUAACAAGAUCAUUCUGAACAUUGAUAACACUAGGAUGACUAUUGAAGACUUUAAACUGAAAUAUGAGACUGAAUUGGGUCUCCGCCAGAGUGUGGAGGGUGAUAUUAAUGGCUUACGCCCUCUGUUGGACCAACUGACCCUAACCAGGUCUGACCUGGAGUUAGAGUUUGAAACCCUGAAGGAGGAACUGAUUUCUCUCAAGAAGAAUCACGAGGAGGAAAUUAAAGGACUGCAACCACAGACCAGUGGUGAUGUUAAUGUGGAGGUCAAUGCUACUCCAGGCUACGAUCUGACAGAAGUGCUAAAUGACUUGAGAAAAGAAUACGAGCAUCUCAUUGAGAACAACCGUAGAGAGGUGGAAAAAUGGUAUGAAACCAAGAUAACAGAAGUUCAUCGAGAAGUCCACUCGAAUGGUAAGGACAUAGAGUCAAGCAGCAAACAGGUCACAGAGUUGAGACAUGACUAUCAGAACAUGGAAAUUGAGCUGCAGUCCCACCUCAGCACGGUACAGUCUUUGCAGUCCUCCUUGGCUGAUACAGAAAGUCGCUACAACAUACAGCUACAACAGAUCCAGAGCAUUAUUGUCUCUGUGGAAGAAGAACUGGCAAGUAUCCGAUGUGAAAUAGAUAAUCAGAAUCACGAGUACAGGCUGCUCCUUGGCAUCAAGAACCAGCUGGAACAGGAGAUCGCUCAGUAUCGGCAUCUGCUUGAUGAAGGACAUCAAGACAUUAGUGUUCAACGAGAAGGAGGUGGCACCUCUUUAGGAGGAGGAAGAGCCAUUGGAGGCGGAAGGUCAGGAGGCAGAACUGGAGGAAGUAGCAUUACUUAUGGAGGAAGCACAGGGGGAGGAAGAGGAGGGGACAUCUCCUUAGGGGACGGAACAGGAGGAUCGGGAGGAAGAUCAUGUGGUAUAACUGGAGGAGGAGAAAGAAUUUUAGGAGCUAAUAGUAGUUCUUCCCACUCCUAUUCAUCUUCCUAUGGCCACGCAUCUUCUCAGCCAUCCAAGUCUGGUGAAAGCUAUGCAUACUCAAGAAAAUCCUUUGAUUAACCAGACAUGCCGAACAUCAUCCAUUUGAGCAAACUUCA